AUGCCCUGGAAAUUAACACCCCUUCUGCUGUUUCUGGCCUGGAUGGCCUACCAGUGCAGUGCCCAGGCCAGGACAGACCUGCUCAAUGUCUGCAUGGAUGCCAAGCACCACAAGAUAAAGCCAGGCCCUGAGGACAAGCUACAUGACCAGUGCAUCCCCUGGAAGAAGAAUGCCUGCUGCUCUGCCAAAGUCAGCCAGGAGCUGCACAGGGACACCUCCUCCCUGUAUAACUUUAACUGGGAGCACUGUGGCAAGAUGAAGCCCGCCUGCAAGCGCCACUUCAUUCAGGACAACUGCCUCUACGAGUGCUCGCCUAACCUAGGGCCCUGGAUCCAGGAGGUGAACCAGAGCUGGCGCAAAGAACGGUUCCUGAACGUGCCCCUGUGCAAAGAGGACUGUCAGAACUGGUGGGAAGACUGCCGCACCUCCUACACCUGCAAGACCAACUGGCACAAGGGUUGGAACUGGACCUCAGGAUCUAACAAAUGUCCAACUGGGGCCACCUGUGGCACAUUUGAGUUCUACUUCCCCACGCCGGCAGCCCUGUGUGAGGGCCUCUGGAGUAACUCCUACAAGCUCAGCAACUACAGCCGGGGCAGUGGCCGCUGCAUCCAGAUGUGGUUCGACCCCGCCCAGGGCAACCCCAACGAGGAGGUGGCGAGGUUCUAUGCCUUGGCCAUGAGUGCUGGGGCCAUGCCCCAGGGGAUUAGACCUCUCCUGCUCUGCCUGGCCCUGAUUUUGCCACUCUGGCUCCAUGACUGA